AUGGAGCGAAUGGUCAACAGACGACUGAUGGACAUACUGGAGGAGCGAACAGGUGCCUAUCUCGCCAGAUUUGGAGAGGUGGUGCGUCAGUCCGUAACUAAUGGCUUGCACGCCGAUAUCGCUAUACUCGACGUGGCGAAGGCUUAUAAUACCGUGUGGCAUCACGGAGUACUGCAACAACUGGCCAACUGGAGUACCAGUGGAAACAUGGGCCAUUUCUUGAGCGACUACCUAUCUAACCGCACCUUUCGAGUGGGAAUCGGAGGUGCCCAAUCCAACGCCUUUUCGAAGGCAACAGGGUCCCCCAGGGAUCAGUCCUCGCCAUCACACUGUUCCUUGUGUCCAUGA